AUGACUGGUCGCGUCUUGCGGCGCAAUACCGGUCAAGCUUGGAUAGGAAGUAGUCAAAGAAGUUCCCCUGAGAUCCCCGAUAGCACAUCCGAUGCUGAACUUAUAUAUCUCGUCAGGCAAACGCGAAAGAGGUCCCGUCUUCCUUCCGUGACUGAGUAUCUGCUUUUACUGGGAGAGCAUCUCCUUCCAUCGUGCCCACCAAAGGACGUUUAA